AUGGUCGAGGAGAGUCCAUUCCGGGCCCCGCCUAUCAAAGUAGGCGGGACAGUCUACAAGACCCAGGCGGAGAAGGCGAAGGUACUUCGGGCUGAGAUUCUGGAGAGGCGCGCGGCCGCAGACGACAUCCGAGACCCCUGGAUUCCGGAGAACCACAUCGGCGAGGCUGUGAGGGAGCUGUACGAGGGCUGCCUUCACCAGGGCUACCACCCGACCUGCUUCCGCGUAGCGGAGGUGGUGAUGAUCCACAAACCGGGCAAGAGAGACUUGUCUACCCCGAGAGGCUGGAGGCCCAUCUCGCUCCUGGCCUGCCUCGGAAAGGGACUCGAGCGUCUGAUAGCGCGCCGCCUGGCCUGGGCCGCCAUCACACAAAGAGUCAUCCACAGCCAGCACGCGGGUGCGCUGCCCAAACGCUCGGCGCUCGACCUGACGCUGGCAUUGAUCCACGACGCAGAGACGGCCCUUGCCCGAGGGGAAGUGGCCACGCUCAUUACGAUGGAUAUCCAGGGCGCCUUCGACACAGUGCUGCGGAACAGGCUCCUCCUGCGGCUGCGGGAACAAGGCUGGCCGACGAACGUGGUCCGAUGGGUAGGGUGCUUCAUCGAGCAACGGUCGGCCAGGAUACGGCUCGAGGGUACCACGACGCCGACGAGCCCGCUGACUUGCGGGCUGCCGCAGGGCUCCCCGGCGUUUCCGAUUCUCUUCCUCCUGUAUACCGCGCCCAUCUACUCCAUAGGAGAACCGAAUUCGCGCUUCGGCUGCGCAGACGAUGUAGCCACCCUGAUCCGGGGCCGAUCUCUACAGGAGACGGCCGCCCAGGCCAUGCGUGCUGCGAGCGAGCUCAUCCAGUGGGGCGCUGACAACGCCGUGACGUUUGAUCCUGAGAAGACGGAAGUCAUGCACUUCACAAGACUUAGAUAUGAGGGGGACCUGCCGUCGGUCUGGCAUGGAUCCGUGGAGAAGAAGCCACAGCGGGACCUGCGCUGGCUCGGCGUCUGGAUGACAGAAAGGACGCUCCGGCCUGUGUGGGGAUCGUGCCGGCUGAUCCCGCCGCGAAUCACUUACUUGAAGAAUAGAAUCCAGCAGACGCUGAACGUGGCGAUGCGUGCUAUCGCACCUGUAUGGCGCACCGCGCCGAUUGCGGCCCUCCGCCGGGAGACCUGUAUACCGCCUGCCACGCUACUUCUCACGGACGCUCUGAGGCGCGCUGCGGUGCGCCUACGCUCCUUGGAUGCACGGCACCCGCUGACGCCCCGCAUGAGCAUCCUCCCAACGCCUGGCCGGCAGUUGAUGCAGGAGUACGACAUACGGCCGCCCCGCGCGGCCCGAAAGCAGCAGGCCUCGCGACUGCUCCGCUUUCACCAAAUGACGGCCCAAGCGCCGAGGCCUAGGCUUCAAGCCCCAGCCCCUCCGCAGCCGGAUCCGACAGGGGGUUUAGACAAGACCCAGGCGGCGAGGAGUUUCCGUGGGUGGCUCCGGGCAUGCCCCAAAGAUACACUCAUCGUCUACACUGACGGCUCGAAGAGCGAGGACGGCGCCUGCGGGUAUGGGUACUCGCUGUGGCUAGGCCCAGACGAAGUGGUCUACGGCAGCGGCCGGAUGCCACUGACCGAGCUAAACAUUGAUACCUCGUCCUCCCCACUACAACCUCUUGACAGCCAGAAAAAUGCUGGCUCCAACAUGUCCAUGAUGGCCUUUGUCCAGCCCGGCUGCCCGUCUAGGUUCGCCUACCAGAAUGAGCAUCGUGUCAAAGGGCUCAACGCAGAAACCCUAGUGAGGGUCUUCCUUCCAACACCCUCGUGGCUGUCGACUCCAGAGUAUGCAGCAAUCCGGUCAAAUACUGACAAGCCAUCGACCUGCAUCUUCUUCAGCCUUAAUAUUUCCAUAUACAACCAACAGAUAAUCCCCUCUGAGUGGACCGAGCAAUGGCUUUUUAUGGUCGGCCGUAUUCAUCCCUUUGCCCUGACGUGGGAAAUCGAGCGACGUGAUGGCUUGGAGUCGGAAGAUGACAACAUCACAGAAUACACCAUCCCCGCGCUUGUCGUCCGCGGUCACAGCUACCAGCCAGUCGUCCCUCGCACCCUCGGCUCGGCGGAUGCCUUCCCAACGAUGCAACCCAUUGUCUCCUUCACGGGACCAGUCAUCGGUUCCGGCCGCGACCUUCUACAUGGAAACUCGGCUGCGGCCCUUGGCGACACUCAGCUGAGGUGUUGCGGCUUUGUCCACCUCUCGACCUUCGUUUGUCCUGGGAUUCCCGGCAAAACACCCUUUAAGGGCUUUCAUCCCUUCCAAGUUUUCGUCGUCAUCCCCAUUCACGCUACCUAUUGUCUCAUUUGA